AUGUCUCCGGUGGCACAGCUUCUCACGUUUUUAACGCUCAGCCUAUCGGCAUUGGCUGCGCCGUUGGAGGAGCGACUAUCACCAAUUCCUCCAAGUCAGGAUCCGUUCUACGCCGUGCCUGACAACCUGGAGCAUGUACCACCGGGGACUAUUCUCCAACACAGAAAACCUCCAGCUCCAAUCGCGGCAUUGGGGUUAUUAAAGUCCAAUAUAAAAGACAGCCACCAGAUUCUAUACAGAACGACUGAUAGCCACGAUAAUGCAACAGCCACCGUGUUGACUGUCCUGGUGCCUCACAAUGCGGAUUACACCAAAGUCCUGUCAUACCAAGUUGCGGAGGACGCACCAACACUAAAUUGCGCACCAUCAUAUGCCUUCCAAUUUGCUUCUGCCAGCGGCGGACUACUGGGGACCAUUAUCACGCAAGCCGAAUUAAUCCUGAUACAAUCGGCCCUGGAACAAGGAUGGGUGGUGAUAGCCCCAGACUUCCAAGGACCCAAGGCGUCUCAGCUAGCCAACAAGCUUGCCGGCCAGGCAAUCCUGGAUGGAAUAAGAGCAGCUAUUCAGUCAACCAACAUCACAGGAAUCGACAAACGUCCAACUAUCUCCAUGUGGGGAUACUCUGGCGGAGGCAUCACCAGCGGCUGGGCGGCAGAGCUCCAGCCCACGUACGCACCAGAACUAGAAAUAGCUGGAGCGGCAAUUGGCGGCCUUGAGCCUACAAUUCCAACAGUCGUCGGCGAGAUUAAUCGUACUCCAUUCGCAGGACUCAUUGCGUCCGGUAUGGUAGGCCUCGCGAAUGAGUACCCCGUCAUGGCGGACAUAUUAUACUCAAAGCUAAAGCCCGAGUAUCGCAAGCUAUUCGAGAAGACAAAGCAGCAGUGCUUCGUGGCCAACACUCUUUCAUUCUUUAACAAAGAUGUGGUAUCGAUGUUCAAUGGCCCUGAUGUGACGAAGCUUCCCAAGACGUUGGAAAUCAUGGCCCAGAAUGCCAUGGGGAAAGCUGCCCCCAAAAUGCCUCUUUUCAUUUACAAGUCUGUAUUUGAUGAAGUUAGUCCUAUUCGGGAGACCGACGCCCUGUACGACUUUUAUUGUUCGCAUGGCACACCGGUGCAAUAUGAGCGGGAUCUCUUGUCGGAACAUGGCAUAGCAGCUGUGACUCCUGCACCACGAGCCUUGGCCUUUCUCAUUGACGUGAUGAAUGGUCGGAAGCCUGCAAAGGGAUGCUCUAAGAAGACAGUUGUAUCUUCAUUGUUGGAUCCGCAGGCGAUUAAGGUCCUGCCACGGUUUCUGUUGGAUGCGUUGCUAGACUUGGUGGGCAAGCCGAUUGGGCCUGCAUUCUUUGGGUAG